GUUUCUUGGAGGUUUUUAUGGGGAAAUGGUCAGUUGCAUGCCACGCCUCUGCGUGAAGAAUGUCAGAGUCAGAUUGAAGCAAGUUGAAGAAGCAUAUUUGUUGGCGAAGCACAAUUCCUUAGCGGAGAAGAAGGAACAGUUAAAAUGGCUUAUCAGAAUCAGUACAGACAACCUCAAUAUAACAACGCGCCGGCAGAUCAAGGUUUCCUAUGGAAUAUAUUUCAGAGGGUUGACAAGGACAGAAGCGGUGCAAUAUCAGACACAGAGCUCCAGCAGGCGUUAUCGAACGGUACAUGGACGCCUUUCAAUCCAGUGACUGUCCGAUCUAUCAUUGCCAUGUUCGACAGGGACAACAAAGGCGGCGUGAACUUCAACGAGUUUGCCGGCGUGUGGAAGUAUAUCACCGACUGGCAGAACAUCUUCCGCACGUACGACCGCGACAACUCAGGCUUCAUCGACAAGACGGAGCUCAAGCAGGCCCUCACUGGCUUCGGUGAGCAAAGUUACAGGCUAUCAGAUCAGUUUUACAACACACUCAUAGAGAAGUUUGACCGGCAGAGAAAGGGACAAGUGGCCUUUGAUGACUUCAUUCAGUGCUGUAUAGUACUACAGAGGUUGACCGACGUGUUCCGGCGGUAUGACACAGACCAAGAUGGCUGGAUCCAAGUGUCCUACGAGCAGUACCUCUCAAUGGUCUUCAACAUCGUAUAGCACAGAGCGUCCUACGAGCAGUACCUCUCAAUGGUCUUCAACAUCGUAUAGCACAGAGCGUCCUACGAGCAGUACCUCUCAAUGGUCUUCAACAUCGUAUAGCACAGAGCGAGAGAGCGCAUACAUAAAAGUGGACACAGUACGUGCCAAAAAGGAAAGAAGAAGAAAAAAAAAAAAACACUCCACCACUGGUCCUCCACAACAAGAUGACCAAAACACAUCACUUCUGGGUUACGGGGUGGGAAAUAAGGACUUUGAAAUCUGUCUGUCUGCUUGUCAUUGGUGACUAUAGCAUUUCUUAAUGUAAAGGCCUAUAAAAACACAAACAAACAAGUCUCUGGAGUGUCUAUAAUUCUGUGUUUAGGAAAAAAAAUGCAUACAUUGUAAAUAUCAUCUUAAGGAUUUGUUUGCAUGCCGUGUGUGACCUCCAAAGUCAGCGUCAAAAAAAGCAUGAACUAAUAUUUUUUUCCGGAGGUAUACUUUUGCCGAAGCCAUGUUUACAAAGACAUACUGUGAAAGCAAGGUUGUGCUACGCCAUGGAAGACCUGCUUUUGAAUUCACUGUUAUGCCAGCUACGCCAUGUUUCUAAAGACUUCUAUUUUUAACCUGCAGAAGUACAAUAAGACGGCAUAAUAUUUUAGGUAGGGUGAUCAUAUGGCUUUUGUAUGGCUUGUUAUUUUGUGCAUGAUGCCUUAACUGUAAAAAGGUGCAAACAAAAGCUGUUUUAUUAAAAAAAGAAAAACAUUUGGAAAGCCAUAUUAAAAAUAUGUUGUCUCUCUUUAA